AUGACCCGCGUCCGAAUCAUUACUUCACUCCCGGCAUCGCCAGGCCCCAGCGACGGCUUGGAAUGGCGUUUCCCUCCUGACCUGGAGUCUGAGAUAACCACCCUGGCCGCCUUGUGCCAAGUCAGGCAACAGCAGAGAGAACCUAUUGCUCCUCAUACCCAGGAGGGUGAAGAUGAUGUGGACAAUCCGACGGAGGAUGAAGAGUGUACUGCUUUUCUCUCUUCACUGUCCCUAGAUGACUACACAGAAGAUAAGAGAGGCUUUCUCGAUCGACUCGCGGAGUUGCUUUGCUAUAGCAAAGACCCUACAUUGAUCACCGGCACGGCCUUGAUAUACAGUGACGAGGAGGCCACUAUUGUGGCUGCUCGGAACUCGUCUUCUAGCGGGGAUACGUGGUCACGCAGAGAUCGCAAGAUGCUUGAAUACCUAGCUGAAGUCCUCGAAAGAGUAUCCUCUGAUGACGCUUUCGAGUCAGACCCACUUCCUCUGCUGCAGAGCACUUCGGUGGAAUAUUAUACCCAACGAAUCCGGCACCACGCUAAAACGGUCACGUCCAUAGAGGAGGGGAAGACGGAAUUGAAGUUCUUCAAAGAGGACGGAUGUGUUGGAGUUGCUUCCGGCCGUCUGGAUGCUUACCAGUUUGCUAAAAGCGUCGAGGUCUUAUCUCACAGCACCGACUUUUAUGCCAAACUGAAGGCCAACCUGACACCUACGAAGCUUCGGCGUGUCGUGGAUGAAUUAGCGUUUAUCAGAAGGCCAAUGCAAGACGCAGUUGAGCUCUUGCUCAUCGCUCAGAGAUACUCUGGUUUUCGCAAUCUCAAGAUCGUCUUGCUGAACAGUCUCCCAGCUAGGAAAGUCAAGGCAUGGCAGCUGCCCAAGGCAGACAUUUCCCUGACAGCCCGGCAAAAAGCGAAAUUCCACAAGACGGCCAAGAAGAACAAGAACGUUCAUGCCGAAAUGAUGCUGAUGACCUAUCUCCUUGGCCUCGGGAGCCCUGUUUUCCCGUAUCUCGGGAUCAGCAAGAAAACGUGCCUUCUUUGUGGCCACGUACUUGAGAAGAUAGGCCAAUUCGAAACUCGAGGGAACCACGGCAAGUGUUAUUCUCAAUGGACACUUCCCUCAGCGCUAUGGACCACGCCUGAGGCCACCGAGAAACUAGACAAGGCUGUUCAGCGUUUAAGAGAUAUCCUUCGAGAGGAAGCGACGGAGGAGGUCCCUCAUAGGGAUGCAGAGAAGGAAUCGGUGAUGGCAGCCCCAAUCCCGCCCAGAUAUGGGAAGGAGACGACUGUUUUCAAUGCCGUGGUUGAGGACCCCAGACUUCUAGCGAGGGAAGCAGAAUGGAUUUCGGCGUUUCGCAGGAGCGAGAUAGAAGUUGGAACGACUUCUAGCGAAGAUGAAUGCCCCGCCAUUUUCGACUCGAGGCAUGACAGGGCAAGCGCGCCAAGGGGAGAUACCGAGGGUUCCAAGACGGCUAAUCCAACAGCCUGCCUGUCCUGCAAAGAGACUGGCGAACUCACCCAUACUUGUACAAAGUGUGGUAUCGCCGCCUACUGCAACAUCGCUUGCUACCAUGCGGAUUGGUAUCGACACAAAUUCUCUUGCAACCUGGGAAGAGCGACCGACGCUACAGAUUACUUGGUGCUCGCCUGCCACACGAACCAGUAUCCGCAGGAAGAUGAUGUAGCCGAGCAGUACGGCUUUAUGUGCUUUGCCACCGGGAAGGAUCGGUCGAGGCUCUUCGAACUUUACCGCCGGCUCAUAAUGCAGUGGGCCAUUGAUGAGGAGGAGCUGCGUGCUGCGGUGAAGCAGAACAAGCUCAAAGAAAUGCUCACUUUUCGGUGCCGUCAAACCGGAGAUUCCGGCAUGCUAAGUGACAAGCAGUGGCUGGAGAGCCAAGAGGGAUUCGGAGUCAACGGCAAAAGGAAGAGGCUCAUCACUGUCUUUGAAGCGGCCCGAGAAGAGCUGUUAAGUUCUGACGAAAGAAAAUUGCCGUUCAGCGAACUUCAGCCUCCAGAAAAGCGAAAUGCACUUCUAUUCUAUGUCCAGAUUCGCAAUGGAUUCAAGCCAGAUGUUGACGAGGACAACUGGAUCUCGUUGGGAUUUUGCACAGCCCCGGACGCCGUAUCAGAAAAUCGACUCUGUUCUGCUUAUGAAUCACUUGUUGAGCGCUGCACGUUCAAUGAGUUCUGGAGUUCUAUGGCGGAGUCGGGCAUCGUGGAAUUGUUCAGCAAAUACGAGCUUGCGGACCGAAUCUUACGCAUGCGCAAUUUCAAGGACUUCAUGACCGUUGUAAAGAAAUGGCACCAAAGCGUCUGGGAGCUUAAGCGAUUUAUACGCAUGGACGUGCCUGAUCCGUUUCGAGCUGUCGUGGUCGACUACGGCUUCAUGAAUUGCAAGGACGCACGCCAACGGAUGCAGCUUCGAAGGAUGUACCAGGAGUUCUUCGAACGGGGAGAAGAUGAGAUGAGACUCCACCAGGCUUGCGUUGCCGGAAAACUGGCGAGCUUCCUCCAGUCGGUCUUUGGUGGCCUGCUGGUGCCCCCGGACUGUCUCAGGAAUCCGUAUCCGUUGGAAAACCGCCCUCUAAUGGGGAUGGUGACGAAUUCUGUUACAAUGUGUCCUGAGUCUGCAUUGGAGCAGGUUAGGGCUUUGGCGGCGGCCCAAGGGAGGGAGUCAAUGAUAAUAGCUAUUCCAGAUGCUGAGGACGAAGCUUAUCUUCACUUCCUUCACGACAGAGCUGCGUUUCUAGGAACGGGACUGAGCAAGCGAAUUUAUUCUGGAUCAGGUGGGAGAAAUAUCACGGAGUUUACACUGUAG